GAUUUUUUAUAAAACGUACAUAUAUACCAACUUGUAGUCCAUUGUAGCAUAUUUAUGUUACAUUUACUUUAAAUUUGUCUAUUUGUAUAGACGAAGGAAGUGGGUGAGGACGAGAAGUGUUUGUUUGAAGAAACAGCAAAGCACCCAAACUUUGUUCAGACUUUUCUUCUGUUCAAGAAGACACACCCUACACCCCAACAUUGUAUAGUCAUGGAGAAGUGUGGUUAGUAUAUAGAUCACCUGGAGGUGGUUCUGAAUUUUGAGCUUGUCAAGUAUAAAUAUAGUUGUAUUGUUGCAGGUGUCCACAGUUCCUAAUGUGAGCAGGACACACUAAAGUCAUAAUUCGUUCAUGGCUCUCUAUGCUGCUUUAAAACUACGACAUGUAGGACGCAUGCGUAUUCGAGAUAUGACUUACUAUAUGACUGACGAAUUACUAGAUCGACGCUCUACCAACUGAGCUACACAAUGUCAUAAACAUACUCGUUUAUAUGAAUUCAACAUCGAACAAAUUAAUAUAAACGAGUAUGUUAAUGACAUUCAGUAUAUAUUUCAUAAUUUCCAGUCUUAAGUCCGUCUGACCGUGUAGCUCAGUUGGUAGAGCGUCGAUCUAGUAAUUCGAAGGUCGCGGGUUCAAGACGUUCGUAUCAUUCAUACGUCCUUUCCAGACGAUCAUCAGGCCAUUUUGUUCACGAUUUUGUUCUUACGUGAUUGUAUCAUAGUGCACAAAAUUGCCUGAUGAUCGUCUAGAAAGGACGUGAAACUCGGAGUAGCGAUAUUUAAUUUUAAGAUAUAAACAAUUUAAUAAGCGCUCUGCUAUUUUGUUUGGUAUUGAGCACUUCAUGUUUCUACAAUGAAGUGCGCCAGCACUCGUUUUAAUACGCCAUGCAGAAUACAAAUCGUACACAAACAUGUAAACGUAGCUUUAUGAUGGCCUUGAGUAAAUAACAAAGUAAGGGUGCAAUACUGAAAUGCCAGUUGAAGUGUUAAGGAUGACAGUUAAACCCUGUCCAGUAUAUCAACAAAGUUGGUUUAAAGUUUAGUUUUGCUGUUUUGAUUUACAGAGAUGACCCUGAAAGACCAUCUUAGAAAGUUGGCUGGCAGUGGCAAACGGUUGGAAAUCUAUCAGGCCAUGUUUUACUGGACUCAAACCCUUGAUGCGUUAAAACACCUUCACAAUUUACGUAUCCCUAUGAUACAUAAAGACAUCAAAGCUGAGAAUGUGUUGCUUUCAAUCAGGGACAAUCUUGUCAGGGUUAAACUUGCUGAUUACGACACAGUGAAGAAACUUGACAAUGACUACACACAGCCAGGAUUGGUAACCAAAGGGACUUUAGGCCUCAUUUCUCCUGAGGUAUGUGUAGUUAUAUUUACUAUAUACCUUGAUUUGCCAUACUAAAAAAUCCUAUUGGAAUUCCCAUAACAAUGCUUAUCAGCAUUUUGUACCAGGAAGCAACUAAUAUUUAGUCUCUCAAAAUGUUUCUUAGAUCUUACGUGUGUGUUUAAUGCUAGCUGACAGAACUAUGACUGUAAUUUUACCAGUUGCAUUCAUAUUGUUUUGUGUAUUAACCAAUGUGUCAUGUUAAUUUUCUUGGAGUUCUAUGUCAAUUAACAUCAGCAAAACAUUGUAAUAACAAUAAUAACUUUAAUAAUAAUUAUUUUGAUUACAAGUGCGAAAACAAUUGCAUAUUAAUUUUUCAUUUAUUAUCUUAUGAUUUAAUAUGUUUCCUUGAAGGUCUUGACACGACAGUCACAUGGUCGUCCAGCUGAUAUAUGGAACAUGGCUAUGUUCCUGUUGCAAUUGCUGUUUGUGGUUGAUUUCACUAAACUACAGGUAGGUGUCCAUUGGCACAUGAAGACUUGUUUUGUUCUGGGUUGAAAGGGUUCUUCCUAGAUCUAUAAUACUGAAAAUUAAGCUACAAAAAAAACUAUAAGAGAAAAAUAUUAAUAGAAUACAUUUACUGUCGUUCCAAUUGAAGUGUUGCUCAAAUAUUGAUUCAAUACAUUACCUCGGGCUGACCAAUUCAUUUGAUCAAGUUCCUCGAAAUAUUCAUACACUUCCUAGUGUAAUGUAAACUUCCUGUUGAAUAGUUUGAAUGCACCAAUCACCUUUGUUGUUUGUGCAACUAACCAAUCAUAAAUAGAAAGGAAGUGACCAAAAAUGAUCAAAUUCUUGGAAUUGGCUCUUUCACAGGAAGUGUAUGAAUAUUUCGAGGAACUUGAUCAAAUGAAUUGGUCAGCCUGAGGUAAUGUAUUGAAUCAAUAUUUGAGGAACACUUCAAUUGGAACAACAGUAAUAGUUCAAAAAUAAAUUUGUCACCAAACAUGAGACUCGGGUAGCCUCCUCCGCAGGCAACUCUGUAUUGUCUUAUCAAACUUUGGAAAUCAAACUUUGGCCGAGCUUCAAGCGAAAUAGUUUUAGGAAAUAGGAUAAUGAAAUAAUAGAAGCACAUUACAGCUUAAUGAGGGUUACUAUAUCUAUUCAAUAUUCCUGAAAUAUUAAUCUUUCUUUCAAAUAUUCAUAGUCUUAACCAAAGUAUUCAUAUUCAAACCAAAUAUUCAGUCUCUACCCUGAUAAAGCUUUGAUAUUUUAUAAUGAAAGUAUUGACAUGAAUUGGGGGGGGGGGUUGAUGAAACCAUUAUAAUGAAAGUAUUGACAUGAAUUGGGGGGGGGGGGUUGAUGAAACCAGUACCAAGGUCUGAUCGACAUUGUCUCAAUACAGAGUGACUUAUAAAAUAAAAAAAAUGAUUUUAGAAGGACUUGAAGGACUUACAACAGAUGAGAAUGAAGACAAAAGACUUUGUGAAUGUUAGUACAAGUUCAAAUCUCAUGCAAUAUGCAAGUUAGAAAUUUCAAUGUUGUAAUUUUUAUAAUGAAAGUAUUGACAUGAAUUGGGGGGGGGGGGUUGAUGAAACCAGUACCAAGGUCUGAUCGACAUUGUCUCAAUACAGAGUGACUUAUAAAAUAAAAAAAAAUGAUUUUAGAAGGACUUGAAGGACUUACAGCAGAUGAGAAUGAAGACAAAAGACUUUGUGAAUGUUAGUACAAGUUCAAAUCUCAUGCAAUAUGCAAGUUAGAAAUUUCAAUGUUGUAAUAUUUAUGUUGUAUUUUUUCAAUAUAUAUUUAGGCAAAAAUUGCUGAGCUGAAGGAAAUGGAUAAUGAGCUAGCUGAUUUAAUCCGACUCUGUUUAAGUGUAAGUAAUAAAUCUUGUAUAUUAUUGUCACAGAAUACCAAGGCGGUGUACUUGCCCCCCCCCCCCACCUCUGGUCUUAUCCUCCCUGUUGAUUUUCAGAGUCAUUUUCAAAAAUUUAAACUGUGCUUUAAUAUACUCCAAAUUGGUCAGAAAACCUUUGUCAUUGAAUAAAAACUAGUCCAAACGUUUGGUAUAGGUGCGAGAUUAAGGGCCUGUUCAUAUGGACAAUAGUUAUCCCGGUUAACGAGAAAACUUUUCGACUAGCCAAAUACUUUUGUUCUGUUCAUAUGGAGAAACGUUAUCCCGAUUACCGGGUAAAGUUUUCGGCUGUGACAUAGCACUUAACAUCAAUUGAAUUGAAAAGUUGCUGACACGACAGAAAUUUAAAGUUAUCCCGCAAAGCUGGAAAGUUCGGUACACGGGAAAACGUUUUGUCUCAAAUGAACGUAGUGUAACUUUUCGUAUUACUUUCAUACCAAGGAAGGCGACAAGGUUGACGAAAAGUUUUCUCGCUAACCGGGAUAACUUUUGCCCAUAUGAACAAGGCCGUAAGAUGUUUAACAAUUUCAUGUUCUGUGUUUUGCAGGAAGAUCCAUCGAAACGUCCUACCGCCACCCAAAUUUUGAAAGACCCAGCGGUCGCCGAAUACAUCAAGAGGGAGAUAAACAUGGAUGAAUUGAUCCGGCAAAUUCGUCCGGAUUUGGAAGUCCCAAAAUUAUAGCACUGGUGUGAAAGGUGUUACAAAGUGAAUGUAACUUAUAUAACCAGUUAGGCGAGACUUUUUUAUUCAUUGGUUUACGGAUCCGCCGACCGUAAAUAUUCAGAAAGUGAAAAAUAAAAAAAAAUUUGGAUGUCAACAACUUUACGAUUUUAGUUAAUUUGGGGUUCAGACAUAUGAAGUACACGCCCAAUCUCGUUCCCCGAGCCUGCGAUCCUCGGGAAGGAACGCGAGGCUCUGGGAUAAUCCGUUUCAGGGAGGAAUCUGAUUGGUCGUUGAAAUGGAAUGCGUAGUUCAAUCUUAGCCAGGAUUCCUGUACCCUGGAUUCCAGAGCCUUCGACAGUAAAUAAUAAAUUGAAAUGUCGUGAAGGCUCUGGUUCAACGGGGAGAUUCUUUGAUUAAACCGCGCCAAUCACAAAACAUAAUUAGUGGUUUUAGUACAGAAUCUGUACUAAAACCACUAAUUCUGUUUUGUGAUUGGCGCGGUUCAAUCAAAGAAUCUCCCCGUUGAACCAGAGCCUUCGCGACAUUUCAAUUUAUUAUUUACUGUCGAAGGCUCUGGAAUCCAGGGUAGGAUUCCUGGCUUCCGGCAACGGAUUAUCCCAGAGCCUCGCGUUCCUUCCCGAGGAUCGCAGGCUCGGGGAACGAGAUUGGUACACGCCAAGUAAAAUCCGUAAACCAACAAAUUUAAAGUAAAAUCCGUAAAGCAAUAAAUAAAAAAAGUCUCGCCUUACAAAAUAAAAAUUUAAAAAACCACAAAAAAGAGAAUAUGUAAUAACACUUAGACUUAGUAACACGUUCUAAUGAAAAGCAACCUUUUACAUUUUAUAAGCAGUUAAAGUACCAGUAUAUAGAACGUCUGUAUAUGUACAAUAUGUACAAAUAAUUCAGCUGUUAUGAUUACAUGUAAACAGGGUUUGUAGCGUGACUUAACCCAUUGAGCGCCUUACUUAUAUUUCACUCUAACACCAGAGUGGGAAAGAGAUAAAAAAUUGAUACAUCGCUUUCAUACGAUUCAAAGACUUUUCAAAGAAUGUCUAUCUUGGUUUGUGGAAAACACCACGUAUAUUGUUUAUUGCAAAGCUUCCCGUCCGCAAGCUCGGAUCUUCAUUAGUUCUAACAUUAUGAUCUGUUUUAACACAGAGGAGAAAUUUUGCUUGCGUCAUUUGAAAGUAUAUUUAAAGACUGCCUAUACGAACCCUUUAAUACACUUUCAUAAAGGGGCAAAAAACAGCAAAAAAAGUAAGGCUAUAUAGCCUUUACUUUUCGUCAAGGGUGGGUUGACUACAAAAUUUUUGUAGUCAACCCUUUACUUUUCGUCCACUUUCAUUUUACUUUUCGUCCACUUUACUUUUCGUCCACUUUCAUUUUACUUUUCGUCCACUUUACUUUUCGUCCACUUUCAUUUUACUUUUCGUCCACUUUACUUUUCGUCCACUUUCAUUUUACUUUUCGUCCACUUUACUUUUCGUCCACUUUCAUUUUACUUUUCGUCCACUUUUUCGUUAAAUUUGUUUUUGAAUAGCAGACUAAUAGCCUCCCGAUUCUCGACAUGCCCGGUUAGUAACUGAUUUAGCCAUUUGAGAGACAAUAGUCUCAAAUCCUGGAAUAUUUAAACAUGUUUUAGUCCAUGUUUAGGUUAGUAAUAUGAAAUCAAUUUUGGAAAUAGAUUGAAGAAAAUCCUUGUUUUUAGUUUCAUCUCGAAGAACUGUAUUGAAUAUAUCAUUAAUAUUCCAUGUGCUAAAAGAGAUGUCUGAGG